UUGGUUUCCUACAAUGUUUACAGCAUCAUUAUUUUUUUAAUUGUUAUGAAAUUUUGAUUGUUGUCGUUCAACUUACAACAUUUUUUGCUGCCCAAUUCAUAAGAGAUAUAGAUAUCACAUGCCUGAUCAGAUUGAUGAAAUGAAUAUUAUUAAGGAAGUCUUUUAACAGCUUGAGUAAAUGUAUUAGCUAAGCUUAAAGUGUGUAAUAUGAAGUAUCAGAUGCAUUGCAAUGGUCAUAAUUCACAAUGUAUAUUAAAUUCAUCUUGACAUGUAUGAUCUCCAAACCUGAUUAACUUCGAUGACACCUUUGGGUUGGAAAUGAGGAGUUUAAGUAACUCUGUUGGUUUUAAUAUCCAAAAUGGGAUGUCGUUCUGAUCUGUUCCCUAUAGAAAUGGAAAAUUUCAGGCUACAGUGCAUUUCUUUUAACAUGUUUAAUUUAGUAAUUUAAAUUUAGUCUUGAAAAAAGUCUGUAAAUGUAAAUCUUUGUAAUAUAAGUACUUGUACCUUUGUAAUCAUAUCCUCCCAAUUCAAAUUUCCAAAUUGUAGACUUUUAAGUCUUAAAAGAGAGGGAACAUCUGACACACCAGCUUCUUUCAACAUAAACAGUACAAAUUUAACAACCUCUUCACUCUGUGAAAAAAAAGGAACAAAUUUGAUUAUGUUAUUUAGCUCACCUGAGCCGAAGGCUCAAGUGAGUUUUUCUUAUCACAUUUUGUCCGCUGUCAGCCUAGCUGUCAGUUCAUCUGUCCAUCUGUAAACUUUUCACAUUUUCAACUCCUUCUCAAGAACCAAUGGACCAAAUUAAACCAAACUUGGUACAAAGUAUCCUUGGCUAAAGGGAAGUUUAAAUUUUAAAAUGAAGGGUCAAGUCUCCUUACAAGGGGACAUAAUCAACAAAAGACAAAAAUAGGGAGAGGUCAUUAAAAAUCUUCUCAAGAACCACUGGGCAAGAAAAGCUGAAACUCAUGUGGAAGCAUCCUGGGGUAGUGUAGAUUCUUUUGUGUGUGUGUGUGUGUGAGAGGGUGUGUGCAUGGUGUGUGCACUUUGUUUUUUUUAUUUGUUUGAGGGCCGGGGGUGGUUGGUUGUGGGGUAAAUAUAUAGGCUAUUGUAAAACUUGCUUUUAUAUUGUGUGUGUGUGUGAGAGAGAGAGAGAGAGAGAGAGAGAAUGUUUAUCAAUUUUGGAUGUUCACUUUAUCAUAAACUAUAAGAAAAUCAUCAUGGAAUCUGGUGCUUAACAUUACGCAGUGCAUAUAGAAAUGCGUUGUUAUUAGGUAUGUACAUGUACCGUGAUAAUAAUUUACUUACCACGGGAUGCGAUGCUGAACUCAUAAACACGUAACACAGCAUUUCAAUUUUUGAGGAAAACGGGUGCCAAUCUCCUUGGGCUUGGACACAAGGUUCUGGUGUUGUUACGUGUACUAAAGGUUCACUACUGGCAGAAUUAUAAGCAGUCCCAGUGGCAGUGCUGCCAACAUCGUCAUCGGCAUCCGCUAUGAAUUCCGAAUAACUGUUUGCAAAAAUGACGCUUUCGUUUGGUGGCUCAUGGUGUUCAAGCUGCAGGGAACAUAAAUUUUUGUGCUUUUGUGACUGCAGAUGCUUUUCAAAAUUGGCUUUCCUAUUUGUUUGAAAAUUGCAGAUAUUGCAAUUCAAGUCUUCUGCAGCGUCCGCGUCCGCCAUAAUUGUUUACCUAGGUUUCACUGAGAACCGAAGGGAUACGGAAAUAUUAUGUAUAGCAUGAAUUUUCCAAUACUCGCAAAAAAAAAGAUUCUAAAAACAAGCCUGUCAAUUGUUUAGUUUUUUUAAUGAUAAAUAAGGUCUUCGAUCGGAAGAAAAUUAAAGAAAAACGUAACUAAAAGGCGAUGAUAAUCCAACUUUGGCCUACAUUAUCCCUUUCGGAACCCUUCAAAAGCAGACGUCAUAAGGGGAAAUCCAAGAUGACAGACGCAUUUGCGGAUUCACAAGAGACAAUUCCCGAGUCCAUCGCUGCUGGACAUGAGAGCCAAGACCUCUUCAAUGAAAAUAAUGAAAAUCCAGGCAGCAAAAAUGAUGAAAUAAUUAGAAAGCUAGACAAACUUGCGGGGGAGAUUUCCCUCCUUCGCAAGGAAAUCAGAGAACUAAAGGAAAAGCAGCCUACUACAGACCUCAUUACCAGCCCAAAGUUCACCAUGGACACGGCAAAAUGCAAGAGGAGAUAUACUUUAUAUCUGAGGAGUCGGUUCUCCUGCCGUCCAUGGCUAGAUGUGAAAAAUGAUGACUUUAGGAAUGAGAUUCACACAUGUCUGGCCAUGGACGGCAUGAGGACGAAUCCUGCUGCUAUGCAGGAAAUGGUGUCCUUUGGGUUAUCAAAAUUUACUGAGCUUAGAAACCAGUUUAGGAGAAAGAUUUUAGCAGACAAGGCCAUCAUACCUGCCAAGCCCCUGGGAGAACUAUGUGUCUACCUCUUCCAAAACUAUUGCAAGGCAGAUGAAUGCAUCCUCUCAGUGGAGAGGAUGCAUGCCUCACUUGUAUUAAGACACUUUCUUCACAAGAAGAAGUAUUUUAAUACAGGAGAGUCGACUGCCUUCUGGGCAGACUUCAAGGCCUUUUUGGAAGAGAUCGAGAAGGAUGAACGCCCCCAGAAAUGGGAAAGACUCGAGGAUAUUGAUAGAAGAAGGACUGAAAGGGUCAGAGACAACACAGAAGAAUAAUGUACAUGUACCAUAGAGGGAAAUUAAAGAUUUAUGAAUUCUGAA